AGUGGAUUAUGCUGCCGGUGCUGAUGCAUACACUUACGCACCGGAGAGCUUUAAUGAAUAUUUCAACCAAAGGAAAAGAUGGACGCCCUCCACACUUGCCAAUAUCAUGGCUCUACUGCAAGAUGGCAAAAAUACAGUAGAGGCUAAUCCAAAUAUAAGUUGGCUUUAUAUAGCCUAUCAAGGUUCACUGAUGGUUGCGACACUUAUAGGUCCAGCAACAAUUCUUAUGAUGAUUGCCGGCGCUUUUGUUGCCGUAUUUGGUUUGGAUCUUAUGAUGUCAUAUGUCGCCUCCUUACUUCCGGCUGUUGCAUAUUUCAUCAUAUGUCUCACAUUUCGAUUAAAUGUUCAACUAGUGAUAGCUCAAAUCCUCAGCGGAUUUUACGUUUUAAUUAUGAUGGUCGUUUUCGUCGGCGUUAUUAUUACAGCAGUGACAGAAUCUCCAUAUCACCCCAGCGUCAUAUUCAUCAUGGGACUCGUGGCUAUUUUCAUAGUUGCCGCUUUACUUCACCCAAGGGAAUGGGGCAAUAUUAUAUACGGACUACUUUACUAUAUUCUUGUUCCAUCUGGGUUCUUACUUCUAGUCAUUUAUUCUUUGUGCAAUUUGAAUGAUAUUUCAUGGGGAACGCGAGAGAGUGGUACAACGAAAGAGAAGGAAAAAGAAAAUAAAGGAUUAUUGUAUAAAAUAUUCUCCCCGUUAACAAAGAUAAAAGAAAAUUUAUUCCAAUCAAACCCUUCAGAAAAGGACCUGCUCCUUAAGGUAUUAGCGACAAUGACUGACAUUGUUGGAUUCAGGAAGGAUUCUGCAAUAAACCAUCCACAAAAUGAACAUUUGGAAGAGAUAGUAACAGAGAUGGCGCCACUUGUAAGAACACAUUCUCAAGAGCAAACUAAAGAGAGUUCAGAAAAAGUUUUUAUGGAGAAGGUAUGCAAAUAUCAUUAUGUAUCCGACGAAUAUUAG